AGCUUUCAAUAACCGAGGUCCGCAGCAGUUAGCUCGCAAGGUCAAAGAAACUAAAAUCAAAACCCCACAAGUCAAAAAGGGGAAAAGAAAUGGUGAGGAAGAAGAUCAAGAUUAGGAAAAUCGACAACAUAACGGCGAGGCAGGUGACAUUCUCAAAGAGGAGGCGAGGGCUCAUCAAGAAAGCUCAAGAGCUAGCUGUUCUCUGCGAUGCUGAGGUUGGUCUCAUUAUUUUCUCUGCUACAGGAAAGCUCUAUGAUUAUUCCAGCUCCAGCAUAAAGGACAUAGUUACAAGGUAUAAUCUGCACUCUCAUGGCACUAAUCCAGUGGACUGUCAUUCCCUAGAGUUGCAGAACAGCAGUGACAGCAGAUUGAGUAACGAGAUAGCUCAUAAAACCCACGAACUUCGGCAGCUGAAGGGUGAGGAUCUUGAAGGACUUGACCUCGAUGAAUUGCAGAAGCUGGAGAAAAAGCUUGACGUAGGACUCACUCGCGUGAAUCAGAUUAUGGAUAAGCGGAAUAUGAGUGAAAGGGCUGAACUUCAGAUGGAGGUAGACGAGUUGGCCAAAGUGAACAGGCAGAUAAAGCAGAAGGUGGCUGUUAUAUGUAAAGGAAAAGACCCCAUGAUGAUGAACUCAGAUAUGGGCACGCAGAAGGGUUUUUCGUCAAAAGCUGUGAAUAAUGGCUUACUUGUCGAUGAUGAUUCCUCCAACAUAUCUCUGAGGUUAGGGCUCCCCUUCUCUUGUUGAAGUUGAAGGAUACGACAUUUAUGUCCUUGUCGUCUCGUUGAAAAUCUUGUUCACUUGCCACUGGCUUUUGUUGGAUGGUUAUUUAAUUAUGAAGAACUGGAUGUUUUUCAUGGUUUGUUCUUAUUUUUAAGUCCCUGACUAGUUCUUAGAAAGAUUGAAUCUGCUCCUUAAGUAAAUAGGUCACUGAUGGGUAUGUUUGCUAUUUCUCUACUUGUCUGAUAGAAAAGAAAAGGUCAUCCGUGUUGGCAACCCGGACAAUUGAAAAGUUCUCAAUAUACUUGUUGAUCAUUUUUCCGAAAUUUUAUUCAAA